AUGAUGAGGAGAUCCUUUGCGAUUGCAUCGACAGCGAACAGAUUUGCUCGUCGGUGUCUUCUGGUGAACCAAGGUAAUCCUGGAACUGCUUCUCCUUCGUUCUCUCUUUGCGGUGUGUGUGUCUGGGUAAGAGGUUUCUCUGGCGGGAGUUAUGAUUACAGAGAGAAGAUUAGAGGUGGGUUUCUACAGGAUGUUAAGUUAGAUGAUGCAAUUGGUUUGUUCAGUGAAAUGGUCAAGUCUCGUCCUUUGCCUUCCAUUGUUGAUUUCAAUAAAUUGUUGAGUGCCAUUGCGAAGUUGAAGAAGUAUGAUGUUGUGAUAUCUCUGGGAGAGCAGAUGGAAAAGCUGGGAAUUGCACAUAAUCAUUAUACUUACAGUAUUCUGAUAAACUGUUUCUGCCGCUCCUCACAAAUCUCUCUCGCUUUAGCUCUUCUUGGGAAGAUGUUGAAACUUGGAUAUGGUCCCGAUACAGUCACGCUUACCUCGCUUCUCAACGGUUUCUGUCACGGGAAUAGGAUCUCGGAUGCAGUCUCUCUGCUUGAUCAAAUGUUGGAAUUGGGAUAUCAACCUAAUACCGUCACAUUUACAACUCUGAUCCAUGGACUUUUUCUCCACAACAAAGCUUCUGAAGCGGUGGCUUUAGUUGAACGCAUGCUUGUGAAAGGUUGUCAACCAAAUGAGCGUACUUAUGGUGCGUUGGUGAAUGGAGUAUGCAAGAGAGGUGACACUGACUUGGCUUUAACUUUGCUCAAGAAGAUGGAAGCAGAGAAAGUAGAGCCAAAUUCUGUGAUCUACAACACAAUCAUUGAUGGUCUCUGCAAAUACAAGCAUCCGGAUGAUGCACUCGACCUUUUCAAUGAAAUGGAGAGCAAAGGAAUUAGACCGACUGUUGUUACCUUCAGUGCAUUGAUAGAUGCGUUUGUGAAAGAGGGGAAACUUUUGGAAGCCGACAAAUUGUACGAGGAGAUGAUCAAAAGGUCUAUUGCUCCUGAAAUUUUCACUUACAAUUCACUGAUCAAUGGGUAUUGCAUGCAAGAUCGCCUAGAGGAGGCCGAGCAGAUGUUUGAUUUGAUGGUUAGCAAGGAUUGUCUCCCAGACGUUGUGACUUAUACUACUCUUAUAAAUGGAUUUUGCAAGUGUAAGAGGGUAGCCGAGGCCAUGGAACUCUUUCGUGUGAUGUCUCACAGAGGUUUGGUUGGCAACACAGUCACUUACACCACUCUAAUCCAAGGGUUUUUCCAAGCUGGAGAUUGUGAUAACGCCCAACAAGUUUUCAAACAAAUGGUGUCUGGUGGUGUGCCUCGUGAUAUUCGGACAUUCAACAUUUUGUUGGAUGGAUUUCGUAAAAACGGGAUGCUCGAGAAAGCGUUGGUCAUAUUCCAGCGUCUGCAAAAGAGUCAAAUGGAACCUGAUAUCUUCACCUAUAAUAUCAUCAUUGAAGGGUUGUGCAAAGCUUGUAAGGUGGAAGAUGCGUGGAAGUUGUUUUGUAGCCUCGACCUCAAAGGAGUGAUGCCUGAUGUUGUAACAUACAGCAUUUUGUUGGAUGGAUUCUGUAGGAAAGGUUUAAAGGAGGAAGCAAGUGCCCUAACUCAUCAACGAAAUGAGGAGCUGCGGUUUUGCUGCAGAUGA